AUGGGUGUCUGCGCCUCGUGUCUCGGACUCAGUCGACGGGACAGUCAAGAUUCUGAGUCCUCGCGCCUUCUCGAAGAUGAUAUCUAUCAAUCAGGAUACGGAUAUGGAGCUCUCAAUAACCACGCCAAUCAGAUCUCCCAUCCUGACUCCGGGUACAUAAAGCGCGAACGAGAAGCCCUGGAAGCGAUUUGUCAACGAACAUCAGACUCGGUCAUCGACAUUUGGUCUAUCCAACCUCAACCUCACCUACAACCUCAAGCGACCCUCCGCGGUUCCGUGUCACCAGCUACAUCUAAAUCAGGCGGCACCGAUGAUGCCCCCAUCAAGAUAACAACCACAUCGCCCUCGGACGAUUCUACACAGAUCACGACAACUAAAACAGGUACCGUACCGAAGCACUGGGGCGAAGUCGUCAUCAAUCCGCGCAUGGGCAGACCACCAGGAAUAGUAUCCGAGGAGAAUGUUCGAGAUGUUUUCGGUGUUUUGAAGGUUACCUGA